GAAUCCAGUCCACAGUAGUGAAAGGGGGAAAAAUACCGACAGACCACCAGCUCUUUAUUUAGUUAAUAUAUUUUUAUAUUCUCAUUUAUAGUCUGCGCCUUAUUGUAUGCCUAGAAGGCGUUUGAACACGUUAGCGUGCCGCUGUUUGUCCUCCAUGUGUCCGUCAUUCAUAUCGGUGCAGGUGAACGUUAGCUACACGCCGUCGCCUUCCACGUUAGCAGCGAGCUAACUCGGUGCGGUUAGCGCGGCUCUCCGGUCCGGCCGGCUCUCGGCGCUUCUCCCGCGGAUGUGAACGUCUGGCUUCGCGUUUAAGGCUUUGUUGGAACGGUUGGCUGUUUUCGCGGUUUCCUCCGUGACCCUGUGAGGGGUUUAGGGAGCGGAGUUCGCUCAGCCGUUAGCUGCCCGGUACCGCAGUGUGAGUCAGGCUGAGGGCUGAGAGAGACUCCGGGCUGCUGGGAGUUAUUUUUGGGUCAGGAGUGAAGGCUGAGGGGCGUUAAACCCACCGAGCUGGACCCCCUUUGCCACCCCUACCGCUAAAAUAGUCUACUCUAGACCCCGGUUGUGAGCUCAGGCUGUCAGAGCUGGGAUCCGUGACUCGAAAUGGAUCUGAAUUUUUACUCGGAUUUGACGGACGGAGCCGGCCAGCCGGGCGAUCCGGAGUUUCUGGACCCUCAGGCUUUUAACGGAUUUGACACGGUUCAGAAGUUCCCUGGAGGAAGCGACAACUACUUAGCUAUAAGUGAAGAGGGACAUCCUUUCCUGUCCUCCUCCGAGGUAGCUCUCCCCUCCACAUACUCCCUUCAGAUCCAGACAUUCCAUACACCCAGUUUGGGCGAUGAGGAGUUUGAAAUCCCACCCAUAUCACUGGACCCUGACCCUGCUCUCAGCGUCUCUGAUGUUGUGUCGCACUUCGGAGAGCUGGGCGACGGUGGCCCUUCCUCAAGCGUCCCUGGCAAUGCCGUCGUCGAGGGCGACGAUCCCUCUUUUGCCUCAACCUUCGUGAACCCUCCAUCGCAGGCCCUGGAACACCUUAGCCUGAUGAGCCAGCAGGGAGGGGGUCCUAUGUUGGGAUCGACACUGGGAAUGGAUCUUGGCCAUCCUAUUGGUUCUCAAUUCAGCAGCUCUUCCCCCAUGACCAUUGAUGUUCCACUAACGGACAUGAACCAUAGCCUACUAGGACACAACCAGCUGACCACUAUUGACCAGUCGGAGCUCAGCGCUCAGCUCGGUCUCAGUCUAGGAGGAGGGACCAUUCUGACACGCUCACAGUCACCUGACCAGCCACUAUCAGCCACUGGCUCACCGUCUGAAUCACUCCAGGAUGACGACAUGGAUGACUUCAGAAGAAAGAGCGUGCUGGUGGACUCCCCUGUCUCUCUCUCUGUCUCUCCUGGUGUCAUCUCUCUCUCGCCCUCUCUCGCGGAGCAGCCUGCCACCUCUGUGGCUGUGGCCCCACCCACGCUGGCACGGAGAGGUGUGGCUGGAGGAGGGGGUGGGGCCAAGAAAGGAAAGAAGAAAAAAGACCCCAACGAGCCCCAGAAACCUGUGUCGGCCUAUGCCUUGUUUUUCCGAGACACGCAAGCAGCCAUCAAGGGCCAGAAUCCCAACGCUACUUUUGGUGAAGUGUCGAAGAUCGUGGCCUCAAUGUGGGACAGUUUGGGAGAGGAGCAGAAACAGGUUUACAAGAGGAAGACUGAAGCUGCUAAGAAGGAGUACCUUAAAGCACUGGCAGCUUACAGAGCCAAUCAGCUUUCUCAGCCCACCAUUGAGGUGCUGGACACGCCCCCUUCUCCCCCUGCUGCUCCUGCUGCUGUGGCCACACCAGAGCCUCCACCACCUGCACAGCCGCCAACACGUUCCAGCCGAAUUCCACAGCACGCACCCGACAACAACACUAUCACCAACAUCUGCACGUCCAACAUCAUUAUCGACCUGCCGCAAGUCACCACGCGGUCUCGCACGGGAGCUUACAAGCCAGCCGCCAGCGCUGCGGCAGCGAGUGCCACUCCGACUCCGCCCACUGUCACCAAGAUAAUCAUCCCCAAGCAGCAGCUUCAGGCCGCGGCUGCCGCUUCAGCGCGCCAGCCUCCUCCCCUCCAGCAGAUGCAGAACACCCCUCCACCCCCACGCCUCCAGCAAAUGGUACAUUCCCCUGCCCCGCCACCCCUCCUGGCCAAACCUCGUGGUGGGGGUGGAGCUGGCCAAGUUACUGCCACUGUCACCACAGCACCUCCACCCCCUCUGCAGAUCAAGAUAGUCCCCGCCCCUGUGCAAACGGACGUGGCCACUCCCAUCAUUGUGACAACGGCCGAGGGGGCACCAGUCUCAGCCACCCCGGCGGUGGCAGUGGAGGUGGCGCAGCCGGCUGCCAUAGUGACAGCAGAAGGAGAGGAAGGGAUGGAGGUGGAGCUCAAUGGAUCUCCGGCACCUGAGGUAGCUCCUCCAGCAGGUCCCGCCGUGUGCGUACGAGCAGGCUGCAAUAACCCACCAAUAGAGAGCAAAGACUGGGACAGAGAAUAUUGCAGCAACGAGUGUGUGGCCACGCACUGCAAGGAUGUGUUCAUGGCCUGGUGUGUGAUCAGAGGGCAGAGCUCCACCACAGUCACCUAGAAACUGCUGAACCAGUAGCAGAGAUAGGGAGAAAGAGUGUGUGUGACGUGUAUAUAGACAUAGGUGAGAGAACUUUGAGAGGAAUACAGUUGGUACAGUCCUAAAGAGUGGUUUUCACUACAUGCUCCCAGCAGUGCUAGUUAAAGAAAUGGUUUAGGGAAAAAUCUCAUUAAGACAGUUUUCCACGUUUCCUAGAUGUAGUCGAUUGGUGUUCAAAUUUUUCUUAUUUAGUUUAGCACUGGAGUUUUGAGGCUAAUAUUGUUGUCAAAUGCUAGAAUAUACAGGGACCCAAAUCUUCUGUAAAUACAUCCUCUAAACUUUUCUCAACCUUUUGAAACCGCAUCCAGGUCUUGAAGGUUGUGCAGACUUGUUGAUGUGGUUUAGGACAGAGUUACUGAAUGAACUAAAUGAACUAAACUUCACUGUGUAGCUGAAUGCUGUGGUCAGCCACUUCAGACGACAGGUGUUGUGCUGAAUUCUGACGAAAAACCUAGAUGUGAAGGUCAAAGACAUUGUGGGGAUGUUUUUACGGAAAACAUUUGGGUGACUGUUGACUUCUAGUGUUUGUUAGCAAAGUUGUCCUUGUAGCUCCAGCGCUACACUGAAAAAGCAGCAUUUGUCUGAUCAACUACAUCUGGGGAAAGUGGAAAAUUCUGCACAACUUAUUUUUAGCUGAACCAUUUCUUAAAAGCGGCUCUUGGCCUUGUCGCUGUUUGAGAAUGGCAACCUUAAAGGGAUGGUUUGACCAGCCAGUGCUAAUGUGGCUAACAAUGCAUGAGACCUUGUGCUGCUUGGUCAGCAUUCUAACUAGCUGUUUGGUUGCACUAUCCCUUUAAGCACUAAAACUGGGAACUGACAAUUGUGUUUCGUAGAAGAGUUGAGGCAGCUUAAGAGAAGCCAUGGUCCUUAAAAUUCUUUGAAAGUUUAUGAAUUUCUGGGAUAAAGAAAGAAAAUAAGACCUUGAACAUUUUGGCAAAUGGGUAAGGGGUUCUUGAAGGGUAUAAAAAGGAAAAAGUUAUCAAUGUAACAUAAUUACACAUUUGAAAAUGUGAAAUUUAUCGGUGAUUAGUUGUUCCUCAGUUUAUCGCUUUAGUUUCUGUGCAGUUUCUGUUUCAGUGCAUUCAUGUACAACAGGGAAGCUAGCAGGAAGGGUUUAAGAAUGGGUCCUCUGUAAGAUCUCUUACCAAAAUGUUUAAAAAGGGUGUACAGUAUGCGGAUACAUAUACGAAGGCACUACUUUUUGCUAAUAUGAAUCAGUUAAGUACAGAAGAGAGAGGAAAAAGACUGAUGUUAGAGAAGGAAGUCGAGGAUUCUUUUAAAUUUAUCUCAUUUCAGCUUAUUUUUUUGAAAUUGUGCAGUCAUCAUGUCUCCGAUUAUACAGGGCAGAGUUUAUUAGUGUAUUUCUCACAAGAGUUGAGGGGAUGGGGGGAGAAAAAGAAGCUAAGAAUUGUCAAAGGUGAGUGAUUGAGAGGAUGUGUGUGUUCAUGUGUGCAAGACGGAAUGAAACCACUUCUUAAGCUAACAGAUCAUUGUUGUACAGAGGACGCAGCGUCGAUCAAUGGUCCGUAAUAGCCCGCUUCACCUCUAGACUGUUGUUGGGUUAACAUUAUGUACAGCUUUAAUUUUUUUGGCUUAAACUACAUUUCUACCCAGAUAUUUUGACUGUUUCAUAAGGAAAACUGCUAUUUAAAAAGUCGUUUCAACAUUUCAGUCACAACAACCACGACUCUUGUUGUAUAUCACUUCUCUAGAGAACAUUUACAUGGGCUAUCAAUAUUUUUAAUAAAUGACACCACAUGAAGUUUUUAAAUAAGCUGUAUUGCUACAUGAACAAGACUAGUAUUUUAUUCCAGGAUGGAUUUUGUUCCUUGUUUUGCAACCAGCAGGAGAUUGUGAACAGUAUUGUUGGAGACCAAAAUUGCACAGUCGCUACACAAUAUUCUGUUACAGAACUUGUCUCUUUUUAUUGAGUUACAACAAUGAAAUGGACAUUUUUGUGUUUAAUAAACAUCGAGGACAAGUCACCUGUGUUUUUGUGUGUGGCUUCAGAAUGAUCAAGAUAUCUACAAGGGGCACACCAAAUACGGUUGACAAUAUAUGUCAAUAUUUGUAAAAAGUCUUGGGAAGUGUCCGUAGUGGGGGUUAUUUGGCAAGAGCAUAUUAACCAUAUCCAUAAAAUGCAGUUUCAGCCUGUUUUGGAGGUCCCUCAGUGUGUUUAUUCUUCAGUAAUGCUGAUUUAUUUAGAUGGAAAUGUGUAUGAUAUUUAUAAAAUCUGAAGCGUCUUAUUUGUUGGUGCACAAGCCAGUCAUUGUUUAUGAAUGUGUAUUUAAGUGCUGUUUUUAUUGUUAUUCCAGUUUGUACACAAGUUUUGAUACCAAGGAAGCUGCAGUUGCUCUCCGUUUUAUCUCAGCACGACUGGUUUUGUUGAGAGAUGUGAAUUGUUUUUUACUGCAAGGGGUUCUCAUCCCUCCUCUUUCACCUCUGAUUGUUGCUUUAUUACAAAUAUACAUGUUGAUUUCUGUUGCGCUGACGUAAUGGCCACUAGGGGGCCUGCAGAAUGAGGUUAAAUUGCGCUUAAAUAUUUCUUGUGUUUUAUGGGUCAUUUUCACCAUACUGGAACUGUGGACCUCCACAUGUCUGGUACAUCCUUCGGGAGCUAUUUCCGAACGCCUGAAGGUACCACGUUUAUCUGUUCAAAUGAUAAUAUGCGAGUUUAAACACCAUGGGACCACAUAGCCAUCAGACUGUUCAGAAAGGAGAUGCGUUCUGUCUCCUAGAGAUGAGUGUACUUUGGUGAGAAAAAUGCAAAUCAAUCCAAGAACGACAGCAAACGACCUUGUGAGGAUGCUGAAGGAAACAGGUACAAAAGUGUCUAUAUCGACAGUAAAAUGUUCUAUAUCAACAUGACCUGAAAGGCCACUUGACAAGGAAGAAGCCAAUGCUCCAAAACCGACCUUAAAAGCUGUUACAGUUUGCAGCUGCACAUGGGGACAAAGAUUCUUGGAGAAAUGUUCUCUGGUCUGAUGAAACAAAAACAGAACUGUUUGACCAUAAUAACCAUCAUUAUUUAUGGAGGAAAAAGGGGGAGGCUUGCAAGCCAAAGAACACCUUUCCAAACUUGAAGCAUGGUGGUGGCAGCAUCAUGUGGUGGGGGGUGCUUUGCUCCAGGUGGGAUUGGUGCACUUCACGAAAUAGUUGGCAUUCUGAGGAAGGAAAAUUAUGUGGAGAUAUUGAAGCAACAUCUCAAAACAUCAGCCAGAAAGUUAAAGUUUGCGUGAGCAAGGAGGCCUCCAAACCUGACUCAGUCACACCCAUUCUGUCAGGAGGAAUGGGACAAAACUCCAGCAACUUAUUUGAGAAGCUUGUGAAAGGCUGCCCGAAAGGUUUGACCCAAGCAAUUUAAAGGCAAUGCUACCAAAUACUAACCAUAUGUACGUGAACUCCUGAGCCACUGGGGAUGUGAUGAAAGAAAUAAAAGCUGAAAUAUA